AUGUUAUUCUAAAUAUUACUAAUACUGUUGGGAUUGCUUAUCUGUUGGUUUUUGAUCAAGCCUUUGAUCAUUAUGAUAAAAUUGAAAUUAUAAUUUGGGUCAACUUGUAAAAUAUCGUUUGGAAUUUUUGGAAUUUUGGGAUUGAGUAGCACAGCUAUUAUUGAGAAGAUGAAGAAAAAAUCAAUACCUAAAACUGUGAAGUUUAUUGUGCAUAAUUAUGCUUCAACUGUUUAAAUCUUAAUAAUUGAUCCUGAAUAUUAUCAAUUUAUGCUAAACAAUCACGAAAACUAUUCUUAAAUUAAUGAAUUAAACACAAGGUAAAUACAAUUUUAUUAUUUAGUCAAUUAUUGGAUGAAGGUAUUAUGUUUCAAUAAGGACAAAAGUGGAAAUAAUAACGUGAAUUGUUGAUUUAAUAUUUUGAUCUUGAAAAACUUAAAAGGAAUUUACCUACUAUAAAUGAGAUUAUUCAAAAAAAUAUUAAAUAAUACGAUUAAUAGAAUGAUAAAAUUCAGACAACUUUAUUGAAAAUAAUAAGUGAUAUUCUCAUUUAAUGCUUUUUUGGAUAAGAUGCGAAUAAAUUAUUGAUUAAUAAAAAAUGCAUCGGGUUAGAAACCAUUGAUUUGUUUGAAGCAUUAUCGAAAUUGAGUAGAAAACCAUAUUAAUUAUGCAAAAACAUUCUUUUUGGAGUCUAAGCAUUAAAAAUGUUUCCUAACUCAGAGGAAUAAAUCAUUCAAACAAAANUUUAAAUGAGUACUUUAAUAAAUAGGCAAUCUAUAUUAUUUCGAUAUGAUGCACCAAACCUUAUGUAGAUAUCUUAAAUUAUAGAUUAUAUAUGUUAGAGUAGUGACUUUGCGUAUUAUUAAUUGCCUUUGUUAUUAUUUUGUAUAAUAAAAAUUGUUAUAAUAAUGGUAGUUUUUUUUAAGAAUUUAAAAUCAUAGGAUUUAUUUAGAAAUAAUAGUAAUUUGUGUGAGUAUGAUCUACAAAAAUCCUAAAAUUUAUUGCCAAUUAAAAAGACCAGAAUUUUAGUAUGA